UUGGCUUCCGAUUCCAGGCCUUCUGGUGGAGAUGCAUCGUUAAUAGGUUCAGAGACCAAAUGUCCAACUCCCUGUCUGUGCAGCUAUGAAUACAAUGAUGAGUACAACAUCUUCUGCAGCUCCCGAAAUCUUUCCCGGAUUCCUGAACAACUUCCCACUAAUGUUCGAUCUUUAUGGCUGGAUGGCAACAACCUCACCAUGCUGCCAAAGGAAGCGUUCAAAAAUUUGUCUCAGCUCGAUUUUCUCAACUUGCAGAGCAGCCAGUUGAAUAACUUGGAGCAGCACUCCUUCCAUGGGCUAAAAGCUUUGGCCCACCUACACUUGGAAAGGAACUUGUUGAAGUUUCUGGCUCCCAACACUUUUCUUCACACUCAGAAUUUGGUGUCUUUGAGUCUUAACAACAAUUACUUCACGAAGAUCGAAGAUGGUUUGUUUUCUGGACUUUCAAACCUUUGGUACCUGAAUUUGGGUUGGAAUUCACUUGUGGUACUCCCAGACACAGUGUUCCAUGACCUGCCAAAUCUUCGAGAACUUAUAUUGGCUGGGAACCGAUUGACCUAUCUUCACCCUCCGCUAUUUCUCAGUCUGGUUGAGCUCAAGGAACUGGAUUUAAGUGGGAACCUUCUGAGAGGAAUAAAGGCUCACAUUUUCACAAAGCUGCACAAGCUCCAAAAACUGUAUCUCAACCACAACAUUAUUUCUACAAUUGCUCCAAGAGCUUUUGUGGGCAUGAAAUCUCUCCGCUGGCUAGAUUUGUCUCAUAAUCGUUUGUCAGCUCUAUCCGAAGACACCUUUGUUGGGUUGUUGAGCCUUCAUGUUUUGAGAUUAUCCAACAAUUCCCUUACAAGUCUUAGGCCUAGGGUUUUCAAAGAUCUCCAAUUUUUAGAGGAGUUAAAUCUUGGGCAUAAUAAAAUUAAAAGUCUUACCGAAAGGGCAUUUGAUGGCUUGGGGCAACUAGAAUUUCUGUCUUUAAACCACAACAGUAUUCAAGAGAUUCGUUCUGGGGCAUUUUCUGGACUUCUCAGUGUGGCAGUUAUGAACCUUUCUGGGAACUGUCUCAAAACUCUCCAAGAAAAUUCUUUUAGAGGUCUUGGCAAGCUUCACAGCUUGCACUUGGAAAACAGUUGUCUCAACAAAAUCAAGCCACUUAUGUUCUCAGGUCUUUCAAAUCUCCGUAGACUCUUUCUCCAGCGAAAUGAAAUUUCAUUUAUAGAUGAUAACAGCUUUUCUGACCUUCAAGAUCUGCUAGAACUUGACCUCCCGGCUUAA